GGAUAAUCCUGGAUAACCGGCUUUUUGUGUCCCAAAGUGCUUUGAUUUUUCUCCUUACAAUUUUUCCUCAAAAUUUCCAACAUUUUCUGUGUUUUUCCUCCAAAUGAAAAUCAUUCUAAAAUGAACAGUGAAAGUGGAGAAGGUAGAGGGAGAAAAUUCGAGGAAUGGCAUCGAAUUUUCAGCUCUGCAAAAAAUGACGAAGAGCGAAGUUGUAUUUUGGGAAUGAUGCUAAAUGAUGAGAAUUUCACAUUAACUGAUUCUAAUCUUGAGAAUUCCGCAACAAUAACGAAAAUGUUCCUAAAGCCAGAAGAUCUUCAAGGCAUAAUUCAAGAUAUUCAACACAAUAAUGACAGUAAUGAGGAAAUAACUCAAAAUGAUUUAGAAGAUUUAUUCAGAGAAAAUAUCCCACCAACUGUUGCACUCCAAAGCUCCCAAAGUAGUUCACAAGCAUCAGAAGGGAAUGGAUUGGAAGCCAAAAACUCCGAUGGGAGCAUUGAGAUUGAUUUUGGGCAAUUGGAUGAGAUAUUUUCUCAAUCACAAACAAAUGAUAUACCCUACGAAUCAAUGAAGAGUUACAACAGAUCCUUUGGCAAUACUCAACCUGAAUCUCAGCCAGAAAAGGUCAGAUAUGAACCAUCUUGCAAGAAUGAAAAAGUUUCCUUUGUGAGGAAAGAUCCCUUCCUGCCGAUUGAGAGAAAUUCAAGAAUAGAUCCAUGGAGGGAAUCCAUAUCGGGAACAUCUUCAAAUCAUGAAUUUACCCAAACAAAUGAUACACGAAAACCCAAAAAUGACUUUAAAACAGCUCGAAAGGAGCUACAAAUUCAAAAUCUCAUAAAAUACGGCAAGGACACGCGUUCAAACAUUACAGGAGUCAAGAGAAUUGGUUUAAGUAAGUCUGCUGUGCCAAAGUAUGAUCCCGCUGAAAGUACGUUCCGGAAGAAGGAAACAAAGGUGAAUACAUCGCAAUCGUCGCAAUCUGAUGAUGAAAUACCUGAACAAUUAAAAAAUAUCGAUCCGGAAAUUGUCGAGAUGGUCAAACGGGAGAUUAUGAUGAAGAUUCCCGAAUUAGAUUGGAAAGAUAUAAUUGGAUUGAAUUUUGCAAAGACCAUCAUUCAGGAGGCUAUUGUACUGCCAAUGCUUCGUCCGGAUAUUUUUACUGGACUCAGACGGCCUCCGAGGGGAAUUCUUUUGUUUGGACCACCCGGAACGGGAAAAACUCUAAUUGGAAAAUGCAUUGCAUCGCAGGCUAAUGCGACAUUUUUCAAUAUAUCCGCCUCGGCACUCACAUCAAAAUGGAUUGGGCAGGGUGAGAAGAUGGUUCGGGGACUUUUUGCAGUGGCAUCAGCGCAGCAACCUUCAGUGAUAUUCAUUGAUGAAAUUGACUCAUUGCUGUGUCAACGCUCUGAAAGUGAACACGAAAGUUCUCGUCGAUUGAAGACGGAAUUCCUGAUUCACUUGGAUGGUGCAGCUACAAAUGAAAGUGAACUCAUUCUCCUUGUUGGUGCAACAAAUCGUCCCCAGGAAUUGGAUGAAGCCGUAAGGAGGCGAUUUGUGAAGCGUCUCUACAUUCCCCUUCCAAUUCAGGAAGCUCGACUGGAAAUGAUUAAAUCCCUCCUGUCUACGGUGAAGCAUAAUUUAACGCGGGACGAAAUGGUGUCAGUUAGUCAACUCACUGAGGGUUUUUCGGGUGCUGACAUGAAGUCACUUGGUCAAGAGGCAUCAAUGGGACCCGUUAGAUCUAUUCCAUUUGAUAAAUUCAAAAAUUUCUCCAAUUCAGACCUCCCUCCAGUUAGCUAUGAGGAUUUCAAAACAGCCCUCAAAUGCGUUCGAGCUUCCGUUUCUUCCGCUGACAUUGAGAGCUACCUCAAGUGGGAUAAGGUUUAUGGAUCCAGUGGAGCAGGGGGUUGAUAUUUAAGGGAUUUUUAUUAAAUUGAAAAGAAAUUAAUUUCCAUGAGUUUAUUUUUUAAUAAAAUCUUUUUAACAUUCUUAAAAAAUCUAAUUGAUGCUAAUUCCAUUUCAUCUUCUACUAAAAUUGUAAGAAAUUCAUUAAAAUUAUUAAUAAAAAUUGUUAAAACAAGGAAACAAAAUAAAAAU